CUCUCCUGCUCACUCUGAUGAAGCUGAAGAAGGAUGAGAAGUUGAAACUGUUUCAGAGCCAUCUGAGUCAGGAUUGCCCGGAAUGCUGUCUUGACGAUCAGUUUAUGAAGUUCAUUAAUGAAUUGUUUGACAGUCAUGAAGUUGAUGAUUACCCAGAAUGCAUUGAGAGAGAGCAGGAGGAUCCUGAGGCUGUGUGCAUAGUUGAGAAGUUGCUGGAGACCUGUGGCAGUGAGGGGUUUCUGAAGAUCACACUCCACAUCCUGAGGAACAUGAAGCAGAAGGAUCUCGCUGAUUCACUGGAAAGAGGUGAGCACAAUGAGUCCAUAAAAAGAGCCCAGCAGGCACUGAAAACUCAUCUGAAGAAGAAGUUUGAAUGCAUAUUUGACGUUUUAGCAAAGCAGAGCCAGCCAACCGUCCUCAAUGAGAUCCACACAGAGCUCUACAUCACAGAGGGGGGAAGUGGAGAGGUCAAUAAUGAACAUGAAGUCAGACAGAUUGAGACAGCAUCCAAGAGACAAACCACAAAGGAGACUGCAAUCCUCUGCAAGGAUAUCUUUAAGUCUUUACCUGGACAAGGGAAACCUAUCAGAACUGUGCUUACAAAGGGCAUCGCUGGCAUUGGGAAAACUGUCUCUGUGCAGAAGUUCAUUCUGGACUGGGCAGAAGGAAAAGCCAAUCAGGACAUUGAUUUCAUCUUCACUCUUCCUUUCCGAGAUCUGAACUUGAAGAAGGACAGAGAAUUCAGUCUGAUGCAGCUUCUGCAGCACUACUUUCCACAGCUGAAAGAGAUCAAAAGUUUUGAAGGUGAUGAAGUCAAAGUUGUAUUUAUCUUUGAUGGACUGGAUGAGUGUCGACUUCCUCUAAAUUUCCAAAGUAAUAAGUACUGCUCCAAUAUAACAGAGUCAUCAUCAGUGGAUGUGCUGCUGAGCAACCUCAUUAAGGGGAAUCUGCUUCCCUCUGCUCUCCUCUGGAUUACCUCCCGACCAGCAGCAGCCAAUCAGAUCCCUCCUGAGUGCGUCCACCAGGUGACAGAGGUACGAGGGUUCAAUGACCCGCAGAAAGAGGAGUACUUUAGGAAGAAAAUCAGAGAUGAGAACCAGGCCAGCAGAAUUAUCUCACACAUUAAGUCAUCCAGGAGCCUCUACAUCAUGUGUCACAUACCAGUCUUCUGCUGGAUUUCUGCUACUGUUCUGGAGACAGUGUUGGGUAAAACAGAGAGUGGAGAUCUGCCCAAAACUCUGACUGAAAUGUACACACACUUUCUGCUCAUUCAGACUAAUGUGAAGAAUCAGAAAUAUCAUGGCACUGAUGAGACAGACACAAAGAAGAUGUCAGCAUUAGAUACAGAAAUCAUCCUGAAACUGGGGAAGCUGGCUUUUCUACAGCUGGAAAAGGGCAAUCUGAUAUUCUAUGAAGAGGACCUGAAAGAGAGUGGCAUUGAUGUCAGUGAAGCUUCAGUGUACUCUGAGGUGUGCACAGAGAUCUUUAAGGAGGAGUGUGGGUUGCACCAGGAGAAGGUCUACUGCUUUGUGCAUCUGAGCAUUCAGGAGUAUCUGGCUGCCUUGUUUGUAUUGCAGUCAUGUGUAAAUGAGAACAGAAAUGUACUCAGAGCAGAAGAAUCAAAACCUCACAGUGACAGAGUGCAGCUGUCUGAGUUACACAGGAGCGCAGUGGAUCAGGCCUUAGAGAGUAAGAAUGGACACCUGGACCUUUUCCUCCGAUUCCUUCUCGGCCUCUCUCUGCAGUCCAUUCAGUCUCUCUUAGGAGGACUACUGACAGAGACAGAAAGCAGAUCAGAGAGCAUUAAGAAAACAGUCCAGUACAUUAAGGAGAGGAUCAGAGAGGAAUCUUCAGCAGAGAGGAUCACCUAUCUGUUCCGCUGUCUCAAUGAACUGAAUGACAACUCUCUCGUGCAGGAAAUCCAGAAUUCCCUGAGAUCAGGAAAACUUUCUGAUAAAGAGCUGGAACCAGACCAAUGUUCAGCUCUGGCCUUUGUGUUACUGAUGUCGGAGGAGAUCCUGGAUGAGUUUAACUUGAAGACAUACAACACAUCAGCAGCAGGUCAUCAGAGACUGCUACCAGUAGUCAGGCACUGCAGGAAGGCCAUGUGA